UGCAAAACCGUUCAAUAGACUUGAGAAUAUAGAUUUUUCUUAAAUCGCCUUUGGUACAUAUAUCAGGUUUGUGUGAGCGGAUCGUUCAUUAGUAAUGAUGAAGUAGUCUCCAAAAUAUGUUUGAUAUAUACAGUAAUUAAAUGACUUUGUGCGAUGGUAUUCAACUCGAUUAAAACAAAAUAAACUGAAGUUGAUAAACACCCGGUUAUUAUUGGGAGUGUUAAAUCUCCGGUCAGAACCGAUUUUUUUUUUGUUUAAAUCUUGGUGCAAUUGCACUGCUCGGUUUUAUGAAAUCGUCGUUCGUUUUGCAUGCGAUGCUAUUUGAAGGCAGGAAAUAUUCGAUGCAUUGACAAGAUCAAAAUAAUGGUCACGGAUUAGUGCAGGAAGGCAGUGGUUAAAGGGGUUAUUUUAGUUGGUUUGUGAUCACUUUUAUCUGCUACAGGUUUUGGAUUUCUGAUGCAACGAAUAACAAUCUGUUGCUGGUUCCAUUUCUGGAAAAUUCAGAGAUUCGCUUGUUUUUAAUAAAUAGCUUGGGUAUCUUGACGGCGCGGUGAAACAUGCAGAAUUUCAGGUGAAAUGUUUGAAAGCGGAAACACCCGAAGACAGUGUAAAUGUAGCAAACCGGUGUGUAUGUUCUCUAAAGUUCGCGAAAAUAAAUGGUCCCCCCCCCUCAUGAUGUAGAUCAUUUGUGAUUUGUAGGAUCGGAAAAGGGCAGAAUGCAAUAAUCACCAUCCUUUUUGACUACAUUGCAGAAGUAACCUGGUCUAAUUAUGGGGUCAACUGUGGCAUUGGGAUUGGGUCACGGAUAAACAUUUAUCUUGUGUGUUUGCUAACAUGGAGAUAGCUUAUUACUGAACAUGGAGUUGGUUAUUGUCCUAUAGCAUAAGGGUAUAUAGGUAGUUUAGAUACUAAAGAUAGACAGAAAAUGCUGGAGUAACUCAGCGGGACAGGCAGCAUCUCUGGAGAGAAAAAAUGGGUGCGUUUCAGGUUGAGACUCUUCCUCGUCUCGACCUGAAAAGAGAUGCUGCCUGUCCCGCUGAGUUACUCCAGCAUGUUAUGUUUAUCUUCGGUUUAAACCAGUAUCUGUAGUUCCUUCCUAUACAUAGCUUAGAUACGACUUUGGCAUUGGGGUUGGUUUGGUUGGUUGAGCGCUUGUGUUGGUGUUAUAGCACGAGCACUUUGCGUUUUAACAGUAAUCAGUAAUAUGUGUUCAACUGAUUCUUCCAUUUUACUCACGAUUUUGUUAGUUAGUUGGGAUAUUAUAUUGUCACUUUAUUAUCACUUUAAAACAAGUGGUCGCUAGGUUGCUUGAUUAUAAAGAGCCUCAGGGUUGUUCACCAGCAUCCUCUGUCUUUUCUGGCUGACUUCUUGCGUGGCUGUGAGUUUAAGCCCUGUUUAUCCUAGGGCUCCCACACCACCGCCUUCCAUUGUUAAGGGGAAAUAGAGAAAGAUGGCUUUUAGCAGUGGGUGCUAACAGGCUAUUUGAGCCUGAAUGGUGUUAGAACAUCUUGUAAGUCUGAUUUGGUCAGUUUAUAUCUAGAUAUGUAAGUGCUUCAAGUGGGGAUCAUUAACCGUCUGAAUAAUUUACACGAGACGCGAGCGCCUAUCAAACUGCAGCUACUUUAUUCACAACAACUUGUCAGCAAAGGCGAACAGCCAAGCGAAAGACUGCUCUCUCGAUUCAUAGCAUGCAGAAUUUGUAUAUUUUUGAUAGCGUAGGAGAAAGGUUAGUCACGUAUAUACUUGUUUACAGGGUUAACUAUUGUGAUCCAGCAUUCUGUAACCUUCCACUGAAAAUCCGGCUAUUGUCCGUGUGGAAAGAUUAGGGUGCCUUGAUUUAUCCUUAAGUUCAUAUGUUAUUUUUUUUGUCCUUUGCGGACUUGUUUUGUUUUAUCUUAAGGGCCACUUGCAACAGGCAUGUUUAGCCUAGUUCUCAGAGGGUACAUUCACUGGAAUAAAGUUUGAUUCCUGUGUAAGAAGGAACUGCAAAUGCUGGUUUAAACUUCAGAUAGACACAAGAAGCUGGAGUAAUUCAGCGGGACAGGCAGCAUUUCUGGAGAGGAGGAAUGGGUGAUGUUUUGGGUCGAGACGGUCUGAAGAAGGGUCUGGACCCGAAACGUCACCCAUUCCUUCUCUCCAGAGAUGCUGCCUGUCCCGCUAAGUUACUCCAGCUUUUUGUGCCUAUCUGAAGUUUGAUUCCCACAGAGUGGAGUGCUGCCCAAUGGAAGAACAGACCAGUUCUGCCCACAAAACCAACAAAACGGCACUUCCUAAGUCAUAGUCCUGAACCAGCUCAUUAUUGGUGAUGGUUCAAGGAAACAUCAACUAAAAUUAAGUAGAAAGUUUAACUAAGGACUUCACUAUUAUCAAAGAAAUUAUCAAAGAAAUUUAGGACCGAGAUGAGAAUUAGGACCGAGAUGAGGAAAACAUUUUUCACACAGAGAGUGGUGAAUCUGUGGAAUUCUCUGCCACAGAAGGUAGUUGAGGCAAGUUCAUUGGCUAUAUUUAAGAGGGAGUUCGAUGUGACCCUUGUGGCUAAAGGGAUCAGGUGGUAUGGAGGGAAGGCAGGUACAGGAUACUGAGUUCAUCUUUAUUUUCCUCCCACACUCCAAAGAGGUACAGGUUUGUAGUUUAAUUGGCCUGGUAUAAAUGUAAAUUAUCCCUAGUGUGUGUAAGAUAAUGUUGAUGUGUGGGGAUUGCUGGUGGGCACAGACACGAUGGUCCAAAGGCCUGUUUCCGUGCUGUAUCACUAAACUAAAUGAAUGUAAGAUUGAUGUAAAUGGUUGUCAAUGUGGAUUCGAUGAGCUGAACAGUAUGUUUCUAUGGUGUAUCUCUCCAUGACUGCAUCCUAUUCACUGGGAUUUAGAAGGAUGAGAGGGAAUCUUAUAGAAACAUUUUAAAUUAUUAAUGGAUUGGACAGGCUAGAUCCAGGAAAAAAUGUUCUCGAUGUUGUGGGAGUCUAGAACCAGGGAUCGCAGUUUAAGAAUAAGGGGCAGGCCAUUUAAGACUGAGAUGAGGAAAAACCUUUUCACCCAGAGGGUUACAAAUCUGUGGAAUUUUCUGCCACAGUGGAGACCAAUUCACUCCAUGUAUUCAACGGAGAGUUGGAUACAGCUCUGAGGGCUAACGGAAUCGAGGGAUAUUGUGAAAAAGCAGGAAUGGGGCACUGAUUCUCGAUGAUCAGCCAUGAUCAUGUAGAAUGGCGGUGCUGGGUCAAAGGGCCAAAUGGCCUGCUCCUGCACCUAUUUUCGAUGUUUGUAUGUCUCCACUUUAGAAAAUGAAGACUGAGCUAUGACCUGGGAGAGUUUGAGAUUGAAUAGGCAUGGAGAACCCAAGCGGCAGCAGAUGCUGGAAUGUGGAGCAAAAAUCCAAUUGCUGGAGGAGCUCCAAGGGUCAGACAGCAUUUGUGUAGGGAAAUGGAAACAUGAUGCCAUGAGUCGGGAUCCUCAACUUGACUGUCCAGAUGUAGAAUCUCGACCCAAAACGUCGACUGUGCAUUUGCCUCUACAGAUGCUGCCUGACCAACAGAGUUCUUCCAGCAGUUUGUUUUUGGGCAUGAAGAAAGGUUUUCAUUGUCGGGUAGUUCAAAGAUUUUGUGUUGCAUAAGAUGAUCACUAAUAAUUCCAAUACAAAUUUCAGGAGAAACUUGUUAUGGAACACAGGAAGGUUGCGAGCAUAAAUUACAGCCUGGAUUUGUUGGGCUGAAUGGUCUUGAUGUGUGUUGCAGUUGAUGUAAGUGCACAAUACAUUCUCACAGAAAAUAACAUUUCUUUUAAACCACCCAGGUCCCCUGGUUUUCUUCUUCCUGACUUUGGAAGGGUGUGUCAACAGUUGUCAAGUUCAUGGCAAUGCCUGAAUACUGUAGUUCGUCUCUCCUGUCCUUGAAAUCAGAACAAAGGAGCUUCAACUCUCAAGUCGGAACUCCCUUUAAUCAUUGUGUCUCCAGGCAAGGUGCUGAACCCUCAGCCUAUGCAAUGAACCUCAGCGUGCCUGAACAAGAUGCAGCCAAUCCCAACAACUGCUACAGAGAAGGAAAUAAAAUAAACCAGCUUCAAACACACCUGAAAAAUAAUUUCUUUCAAGACCCGGUGCCACCUUAUCCCAGCAGGGCCAUUAUUUCACAGUUCCUGGAGAAAGCUUCGAAGAAGAGGAAUACAGCAGAUCAAGAGGUAACCUUCUCAGCGAGGAAUCUCUCCCAUUCCAAUGCUGACUCCCUUCAGCAGGAGGGAAACACCAACUUCUCUGAAGACGGUGGGCAGGAUCUCAGCUCGCCUCUCAGUCAGCAUCACCCUGUGAACACGGGUGAAGGGGAUCGAUUGUUUAGUGAACACCUGCGAGCAAAGAGGGCAAGAGUAGAGAACAUCAUCCGAGGAAUGAACAGUUCUCCAAAUGCCAACCUUCCCAACAGUGAGGUGGAGAGGGAGAGUGAUCAUGGGCGAGAGAGUUUGAUGAGCCUGUACAAAGAGAAUAAGCGGAAGCAGAGACUUCCACAGCAGCAGCAACAGCGGGAGGAGAAUCCCAGGAAGAGUCCCAGGCUAGCAUCAUCCCUGAAGCAGCUUAGAAAAGAAGAAUGCCACAGGCUGAAGCAGCAACUCCAGGAAAUGCAGGGAAAGCUCCUUGAACUUCAGGAAAAGUUUUUCCAAGUGUAUGAUGAUGGUGAAUCGGAGCAUGAGGACCAAGACGAUGCAUCUGACUCCACUUUCCAUUUGGGUGGCGUUGAGAAUGUAGGAAACCCUUCAGAAAGGUAUCAUGGUGGCCUCUCCGAUGUGGACCAAGGUCUCUAUGGGGACUAUAUUCAGACAAUUAACCAUGCGGAAGAACCGAAAAUGGGAAAAGAAGCAAAUAAACAUCAUAAUCUGGACCAAAAAUUCAAGCAUUGUAACCAUUUUGGUUUCUCUUUAGUGGAGGGUGGAUAUCUGGCUGAAUCUUUAAAGUAUGAACUAACCAAUGCAAUGGCUCACAUUGUUGACUCAGCGGUACAGUUGUUCUCUGUCAAACCUUCCACCGCUUCUUCGCAGGCACUUCAAAGCCUGCCAACCACCAGGCUCAAGAAUAUCACACAAUACCAGAACACAAACCUGAAAACCACGAGUCAUGAGUUUCAGUGCCCCCCAGAUCCAGUGAUGAUGCACAAGUAUUUUGACAACUGUCUCAACACUUGUCCCUUCAAAGUUUACGAUCAGACGGAAGCAAUACCAUUGGUGGUGAGAAAGUCACCUCAAAGCCAGCCGAGUCUUGUCGGUCCGAUUAUUAAACAGACCUGUCAAAUGCCUCACGAUAAGCCACCUUUAACACUAGUCUUGGAUUCCCAGAUGUCUCUAACUGAAUUGCCCAAGCCCAUUUUGAGGUACAACAUGCAGAAUGACAUGGGACGUACCCUCGCCGUAACUGCGAAGGACACUGUUGCUUUUAAGCCAACGUGUCUUUCAUGGGACGCUGUCAAACUAAGGUCAAAAGUUACCUCGCAUCAUGUAGCGCAUAAGUUGUACCCAAGCUUUCAACAAGAACCAGCAGAGAACCUCGAUCUUUCUCACAUCAAGUCAGAAUGUGGGGAGCUGCAAUCCAUGGUGGAGGUCACGUCUUACUCCUCAGCUAAUGAGGGAUUAACACCUAAUCACCUGAAGAAAGCCAAGCUGAUGUUUUUCUAUACACGAUACCCCAGCUCAACCACACUGAAAACAUACUUCUCCGAUGUUAAGUUUAACAGAUGCAUCACCUCUCAGCUUAUCAAAUGGUUCAGCAACUUCCGUGAGUUUUACUAUAUCCAGAUGGAGAAGUUUGCUCGACAGGCUGUGAAUGAUGGUGUGACCAAUGCCAAAGACCUCAAGGUGACCAGGGACUCUGAUCUCUACCGAGCUCUCAAUGGGCACUACAACAAGGCCAAUGACUUCCAGAUCCCGAAGGAGUUUCUGGAAGUUGCGGAAGUGACACUUCGAGAAUUUUUCAAUGCCGUCAUAUCCGGGAAAGACUUGGACCCUUCGUGGAAAAAAAGCAUUUACAAGGUGAUCAGCAAACUGGACAAUGGGGUCCCUGAGAUGUUCAGUUCUCAGGGGUGCCUGCAAGACAUCCUGUAUGACUAGAACUGUGGAUUGCACCAGCCUUAAGCUCUGUUUUAUAGCAUUGGCCAAAUGGUUGCUUUGCCAUAGAACCUGACAGACAAUUGGAUCUUUCAACACUGUUUGUGUUAGGUAAGGGCAACAAGGAGAACUGAUGUCAGAGAGGCAUAGAUAGUUUAGACAGUCACAACUUUUCUUUCCUAGGAUAGAGGAAUGACAUACUAGAGGGCAUAGCUUUGUGAGAAGGGGAAAGUUUAAAGGAGAUGGGUGGAAACUCUUUUUGACCCAGAGGGUGGUGAGUGCCUGGAAUGCACUGCCAGCAUUUAUGGUUGAGGCAGAUAUGAUUGUGGCAUUUAAGCGAUUUUUGGAUAGACAACGGGAUAUGUAAGAUAUGGAGGGAUAUGAAUUAUACACAAGUAGUUAAGAGAUAGUCUUGGCAUCAUGGUCAUUUUGGGUCGAAGAUCUUGUUCUUGUGCUGUACUGGUUUAUAAUCCUACACUAAUCCCACUUCACU